AUGGCGCCAAAUCGGCGUGUUCUGCAAUUCGCCGCAGCGGCGCUGCUGCUGCUGUGUGUGGGUGCGAGCGCCUCCCGCUCGCCUACCGCCUCAUCCCUUCAUCGCUCGCUGAGCCGCAACACCGGCAGCAUGAGCAACCUUCGGGCGAUCGAGUGGCUGAUGCGCCGCGGUGGUGAGGGCAUGGAGAACCGUCCUGCGUAUGUGCUGAUCAAGUACGAGGUGCCCCCGACAUUGCACGACCGCUUCAUCGAGGAGAUGGAUCGCCACGACAAGAUCUUGCGCGAUGUUAAGGGUCUGAGUUUCUACCAGAAGACCAAGGACUUGGCGGACAACGUUUUCUUUUGGAGCUACACGGAGUGGGACACAGUCGGCGACCUGAUGGAUCAUUGCGAGUCUCGCGCGUUCAAGGACUUCCACAACUGGGUGGAUGAUAACGACAUUCUGGUCGAGAUGUUCCCGCUCGAGGCUCUUGGAGAUGAAAAGCGUGAGUACCGUGCGGAUCGCGAGGGCGAGAAGGCCGCCACCGUCGCCCGUGCCGCCGCCGCCAAGGACCUGGAGCGCCGCCGCCGCCGUGGUCGUGAGAUCGAGGAUUGGGACCCGCGUGACGAGGCGGCCCACCUGGGCAUCCGCUUCCACAUCAUGCCAUCUCAGGAGGGCGACUUCCUGAACUUCAUGGAGGACAUGCAGAAGCGCGUGGUGAAGGACGAGGACGAGAACCGCUUCUUUGUUCUCCGCAAGUUCGCCACUAUGAACCACCACUACCUGAUCCGUGGUGCCUGGGACUCGAUGGAGGGCUAUCUGGACCACAUCACCUCCAAGCACUCCAUGAACCUUCGAGAGUUUGCCAAGGACAACAACAUCGAGUGGUACGGCAUCCCCUUCCGUGUCCUCUUCAGCAGCGAGGAUUACGAGUAG